ACUCAAGAGUCCUGUGUCUGGCCUCUAGUCAUGAGUAACACCUGCAUACUCUUCCUUCUACUGAUGGCCUUCUCUUCUUCUCUUGCCUUCAACUUGGACACAGAACAGCUGAUAAACUUCCACAUGGAUAGCAAUGGGUUUGGACACAGCGUGGUCCAGUAUGACAACUCCUGGGUGGUGGUUGGAGCCCCCAAUGAGAUAACGGCCACCAACCAAAUGGGUGGCCUGUACAAGUGUGGCUAUCUCACUGGCAGGUGUGAGCCCAUCCGCCUGCAGGUGCCUCCAGAGGCUGUAAACAUGUCCCUAGGCCUGUCCCUGGCCGCUGCUGCCAAGCCCUCCAGGCUGCUGGCCUGUGGUCCCAGGGUGCACCAUGCAUGCAAAGAGAACACCUACUUAACUGGAUUCUGCUUCCUGCUGGGCUCGUCCUUCCUGCAGGAUCAAAGGUUCCCAGCUGCCCUGCAGGAGUGUGCAAAGCAGGAUCAGGACAUCGUUUUCUUGAUUGACGGCUCGGGCAGCAUAUUGCCCAAUGAUUUUGAAACAAUGAAGCACUUUGUGAAAGCGGUGAUGAGCCAGUUCCAGAGACCUAGUACCCAGUUCUCGCUGAUGCAGUUCUCCGACAAGUUCCAGACACACUUCACCUUCAAUGACUUCAUCUCCAGUUCUAACCCUUUAAACCUGCUGAAUUCCGUACUCCAGCUGAAAGGGUCCACACACACGGCCACAGCCAUCCAACAGGUCAUAAAACACCUGUUCACUGCCCGCAGUGGAGCCCGGAAAGAUGCCACCAAGAUCCUCAUUGUCAUCACCGAUGGGAGGAAAGAACGUGACCGACUGAAUUAUAAGGAUGUCAUUCCCGUGGCAGAGGCAGCAGGCAUCAUCCGCUAUGCAAUUGGGGUAGGAAAAGCUUUUCAUAGUUCAUAUUCUUGGCAAGAACUAAUGGACAUUGCAUCGAUGCCCUCCCGCGAGUAUGUAUUUAAUGUGAAAAACUUUGGUGCCUUGAGGGAUAUUCAAAACAAGCUGAAGGAGAAGAUCUUUGCCAUUGAGGGUACAGAGACAGUUAGCAGCAGUUCCUUUGAAUUGGAGAUGUCCCAGGAGGGCUUCAGUGCUGCCUUCACACCUGAUGGGCCAGUUCUGGGGACCGUGGGGAGCUUCAGCUGGUCUGGAGGUGCCUUCCUAUACCCUCCAAAUACGAGACCCACCUUCAUCAACAUGUCUCAGGAAAAUGUGGACAUGAGGGAUGCUUACCUGGGUUACUCCAGCGAGCUGGCCUUCUGGAAGGGGGUCCAGAGCCUGAUCCUGGGGGCCCCUCGCUACCAGCACACCGGGAAGGUCAUCAUCUUCACCCAAGAAUCCAAGCGAUGGAGGCCAAAAUUCGAAGUCAGAGGGACGCAGAUCGGCUCCUACUUCGGGGCCUCCCUCUGCUCCAUGGACAUGGACAGCGAUGGCAACACUGAUCUGGUUCUCAUUGGAGUCCCCCAUUACUAUGAGCAGACCCGAGGGGGGCAGGUGUCCGUGUGUCCAAUGCCCGCGGGGAGGAGCAGGUGGCAGUGUGAGGCCAUUCUCCAUGGGGAGCACGGCCAUCCUUGGGCCCGCUUUGGGGCAGCUCUGACAGUGCUGGGAGAUGUGAAUGGAGACCAUGUGACAGAUGUGGCCAUCGGGGCGCCUGGGGAGCAGGAUAACCAGGGUGCUGUUUACGUAUUUCAUGGCGUCUCAAGACUGACCAUCAGCCCCUUGCCUAGCCAGAGGAUUGCAGGAUCUCAGCUCUCCUCUGGGCUUCAAUAUUUUGGGCAGUCACUAAGUGGGGGUCAGGACCUCACCCAGGAUGGACUGGUGGACUUGGCCGUGGGAUCCCGUGGACAUGUGCUACUGCUAAGGACCAGACCGCUCCUCAGAGUGUCGGUGACCAUGCACUUUACACCCUCAGAGAUUGCCAGGUCUGUGUUUGAGUGUCAGGAACAAGUGAACUCUGACCAGGAACUGGGUGAUGCCACUGUCUGCCUUCAUAUUUAUAAAAACCCAGAGAACCAUCUAAGUAAUCUCCAAAGCUCUGUGACUUUUGACUUGGCCCUUGACCCUGGCCGCCUGAGUCCCCGUGCCAUCUUCAAGGAGACGAAGACCCGGACUCUGAUUUGAGACAAAGUUCUUGGUCUGAACCGACACUGUGAAGCUGUGAAGCUGCUUCUCUCAGCCUGUGUGGAGGACUCCGUGACCCCCAUCACCUUGCACCUCAACUUCUCUCUCGUGGGCAUGCCCAUCUCUUCCUUCCAAAACCUCCGGCCUAUGCUGUCUGCAGAUGCCCAAACAUACUUCAUGGCCUCUCUUCCUUUUGAAAAGAACUGUGGAGCUGACCACAUCUGCCAGGAUGACCUAGGCAUCACCUUUGGCUUCUCAGGCUUGAAGACCUUGGUGGUGGGAAGUAAUCUGGAGCUGAAUGUAGAUGUGACAGUGUCCAAUAAUGGGGAAGAUUCCUAUGGAACCACAGUCACCUUCUUCUACCCAGCAGGGCUGUCCUAUCGAAGGGUAACAGGAAAUCAGAACCAGCUGCAGAGGCACCCCCUGCUUCUCACGUGUGACAGUGUGCUAUCUAGGACCCAGGGGACCUGGAGCACCAGCUGCAGCAUCAACCACAUCAUCUUCCGAGAAGGCACACAGAUCGCAUUCCUAGCUACUUUUGAUGUCUCCCCAGAUGCGGUGCUGGGAGACCGGCUGCUUCUGACGGCCAAUGUGAGCAGUGAGAAUAACACACCCAAGACCAACAGAACCACCUUCCAGCUGGAGAUCCCAGUGAAGUAUGCUGUCCACAUGGUGAUCCGCAGCCAUGAACAAUCCACCAAAUACCUCAACUUCUCAGCCUCAGAGGAAGCAGGGAGUGGUGUGGCUGAGCAUAGAUACCAGGUGAAUAACUUGGGACAGAGAGACCUUCCAGCCAGCAUCAACUUCUGGGUGCCUGUGGAGCUGAAGGGAGAAGCUGUGUGGACAGUGGUGGUUUUCCACUCCCAGAACCUGUCCAUUCAGUGCUCUUCAGAGAGACUAGUCCCCUCACAGCCUGACAUCCUGACUCACAUGCAGGGGAGUCCUGUUCUGGACUGCUCCAUCGCUGACUGCCUGCACUUCCACUGUGACAUCCCCUCCUUUGGCAUCCAGGAGGAGCUGGACUUCAUUCUGAAGGGCAACCUCAGCUUCAGCUGGGUCAGCCAGACAUUUCAGAAGAAGGUGUUGGUCAAGAGUGUGGCAGAAAUCACAUUCAGCACAUCUGUGUAUUCCCAGCUUCCAGGACAGGCGGCAUUUCUGAGAGCCCAGUUGGAGACAGUGCUGGAGAAGUACAAGGUCCACAGUCCUAGGCUCCUCAUCAUGGGCAGCUCAGUGGGAGGGCUGCUGCUGCUGGCCGUCAUCACAGCCUCCCUGUACAAGGUUGGCUUCUUCAAACGCCAAUACAAAGAAAUGAUAGAGGAAGUAAACGGACAGAUUGCCUCAGAAAAUGGAGCAUCAGACCCCCAAGUAGCACAAUGAGAACCUACUUUCUCUUCUCCUUUGGACCUGCUCUUAGCUCUUGUAUUCUCCCAUAAGUCAGGCAUAAAAGGAAAGAAAUAUUCUACACACUGGGGCUGGGGAGAUGAGUUAAAGGCACUUGCUUGCAAAGCCUGCUGGCCUGGAUUCAAUUUUCCAGUU